UUUAUUUUCAUCUGAUCAAAAUAGUGCUAGUCUACCAAAUUGAGUGAUUAGCCAGCUCUGUCAAUAAUAGCCACUCAAAGGGAGCAGAACCCAUUUGGACACUCAUUUGUUCCAGCUACUGACUUUUAGGGGAUGUGAUAAAAAUCAUUUCCCCCUGGAAGCUGGUUUAUCUCUCUUUGCUUUUGUGGAGUUUGAUUUUCCCUGGAGGGAAAAAUGCUUUCCCCCUCUGGAUUUGUUUGUUCUGAAGUCAAGACUUCAAAAAGAGGUGCUGGCGAAUCUGGAAAAAGCACAAUUGUCAAGCAGAUGAAGAUUAUCCACAAGAAUGGCUACACAGAGCAAGAAUGCAUGGAGUUCAAAGCUGUUGUUUACAGUAACACCCUACAAUCCAUUCUGGCCAUUGUGAAGGCUAUGACAGUUCUGGGGAUUGAUUAUGUAAAUCCCCAAAGUACAGCAGACCAAAAACAACUCUGCAUGAUAGCAAGUGGCUUAGAAGAUGGCACCAUGACCCCUGAACUGGCUGAGAUAAUAAAACGACUGUGGAAAGACCCAGGAAUCCAGGCCUGCUUUGAAAGAGCAUCAGAAUACCAACUCAAUGACUCAGCAGCUUACUACCUCAAUGAUCUUGACAGGAUAACAGCUCCUGGGUAUGUUCCAAAUGAACAAGAUGUCCUGCACUCCAGGGUGAAAACUACUGGCAUUAUUGAAACACAAUUCUCCUUCAAGGAUUUGCACUUCAGGAUGUUUGAUGUAGGUGGACAGCGGUCAGAGAGAAAGAAAUGGAUUCACUGCUUUGAAGGAGUUACUUGUAUAAUAUUCUGUGCAGCACUAAGUGCCUAUGAUAUGGUCCUGGUGGAAGAUGAAGAAGUGAACCGAAUGCAUGAAAGCCUUCACCUGUUCAACAGUAUCUGUAAUCACAAAUACUUUGCUAGUACUUCCAUUGUCCUGUUUCUCAACAAAAAAGAUCUCUUUCAAGAAAAAGUAGCCAAGGUUCAUCUUAGUAUCUGUUUUCCAGAAUACACUGGACCAAACACAUUUGAAGAUGCAGGGAACUAUAUCAAGAACCAGUUCCUAGACCUGAAUUUAAAAAAGGAAGAUAAGGAGAUUUAUUCCCACAUGACCUGUGCUACUGACACCCAAAAUGUCAAGUUUGUUUUUGAUGCAGUGACAGAUAUAAUCAUCAAGGAAAACUUGAAAGAUUGUGGGCUGUUUUAAUUGCUCCUUCUAAAUGUGCCUUGCAUAUGUGUUAUUUUCAUGGGAUAAAGGAAGAUAUGCUGGGUGUUCUGCUGUAUUUUGGACAAGUUUUAGCUGACUUAGAAUUAGAGUUAGAAUAAUAUUGCAAGGGGUUGGUUCCCAAAUGUUGAAACAUAUGACUACUUGCUCAAACAUUACCUAUACUGUUUUUGGCAUCAUAAAUAACUGAAUGUACCAUGGUGUCUAAUGUGAAUGUAGGGAAGUGUGCACCUUCAUAUAAUGCUUUUGAUUUUGACUUCUUAGAUUUUAGCUUGUGAAAUAUCUUUGAACUUGAAAAUAGGGCACACUGAUGACAUUUAAAAAUAGCCUUCUGUGUUGUGGCCUAGAUUCUUUAAGCAGAUAAAUUAUGGGAAAUGCAGGGCACUGGGACAUUUUUCAAAGGUCAGAUAUUUUUUAAAUGUCGAUUUUGAUUAGGAAUUGAAUUGACAGAUUUCAUUCACAAAUUAAUGGGAGUUAUUUUGGACUAGUUUGGUCAAUUUCACAUGGCACAAAGGUUUGGCAUAAAUAUUGCCUAUCACUUUAAUUUUUUAAAAUUUUACAUACAAAGGAUUAUAUAUAACAUUAACCCAAUACUUCAUUUUGAUUUUUUAAAUUAUUUGAAUACAUGAUUUCAUCAGUAUGGGUAAGUCUGAUGUGGAUACAGGAAAAAAAAAACCUUCUAGGGCUUUCCAUGCCAAAAAAAAAAAAUCUUAAUGAUUAACAUUCUGUUGAUGAGACUCUAUGCUUAGUAAUACUUCUGAAUACUAAAAUCUUUCCUGUUUAAUAGGACUUACCAGAGUUUAAUGUACUGCUGAAGUAGUCUCUAAGAAUCCAGAGCCCUCUACAGGCUAUGAUGAGGCAUGGGAGUAGGAAUUUAGUUGAGAUGCUUUUUCCCUUGUAUGCUAUUAAUUUGUAUAAUCUAUUGGAUUUUAUAUGUUGCAAAGAAUGUACUCAGUUUCCAUCCUUUUUGGUCAAGAUGGAUAGAGGAAAUCACCUUUUACCCCUAUCCAGGAUUCUCCAAGUUACAAUGGAGUUAGAUUUUUCUAGCUGUCCACAUAGUUAGUGUCCUUGGAAUUGAAGGAAUCCAGUGAAUUUUUAUCCAAGGUCAAGAGCCACACAUAGAGAACCAUGCGACAGGACAGUAGAAGGAACAAUUUCACCCCGUAUGAAGUUGCCCAAGAGAGACAGCGUGCUAUAGUGGAUAAAGAGCUAACCAGAAAGAUCUCACUUAAAUGCCCUCUCAUUAAGAUAUACUGGUUGUGUGACCCUGGCAGAUCAAAUUAACUUCUCAGUGCUCUAAAAUGUUGAGUUGUAAUCAGU